AUGGAAGAUCGUGAUGGUAAAAAACCGUUUGUUAUACCAAAAACUCAUACGUCAAAUAACGAAAUUGUCAUCACUGAAAAACCUGAUAGUCGCAAUGUUAUUGAAUUAUUUAAUGAUAUUAAAUCAUGUGCAUUAGAAGCUCAUUUUGAUUUUCGACAAGCAUUUUGUAAAUCUUGUGAUACAAUACGCAAUCAAAAAUUACAAAAAUUAUAUAAUGAAAAACGAAUGAAAAUGAAAAAAGAUCAAGAUCCUAUAGAACGUUUUGGCUUUCAUUUAAUUACUUAUCGUGAUGUAGCAUUAAAUGUUGCCAAUAAUGGUGUCCAAUGUGAACAGUUAUUUUUCCCGAUCGAAAAAUAUCUUGGUAAUCCCAAAGACGGCAUUCAUUUAUCGAGACGUCCUGAUGUUCUUUUAACAUCGUCCGGUGCUCAAGGACUUUAUAGAUUUGGUUUACUUGUUUGUAAAAUUCUCUUGGGAAAAGGUUACGCGACGGUGCCAUCCAUCGAUAAUAAACAAUUAUCAGCACAACUACAUUAUGAUCAUCAUUUUUGUAAAAUUCAAGCAAUAAAUAAAGAACAACGUCAUAUUGAUGAUCUAUUAGCAAAUUCUUUAAUUUUCUGUUAUGAACAUGAUAAUUUUGAGCCUAAACCUCAGCCUUCACAAAUUUUACCGAUUGCUAUUCUAUGGUAUGAUCUAAAUGAAAAAUUUUCACCUGAAUUCAUAUCUACAAAUGUUACCAAAACUGCAUCAAAAAAAGAAUCAGUACACCACAAUGGAAACAAUAACAGUAAAAAACCACCAUUGAAAAAGAAACCAUCGAACCAAUCGACAAAAUCUAUUCCUUCACAUUCAAAUAAGUCAAUAAUACCACUGUCAACAUUAAAUUCUAUUAACCGACAAGAUUCUAGUCAAGAUAAAUACACAACCGAAAUAAUUUCAAAUUCUAAUCCCCACGAAUUCGUAGCAUUAUCACAAACAAAAUAUCCUCAUCAUCUACUGGUUCCGUAUAAUCGAUUACAUUCAAAACCAUCUCUAUCAAUAUCACCAAAUGCUGACCAACAACAACAGCACACAACUACGAUUCAACAAACAACAAAUAUUCGAGAUCCUCGUCUAUUACGAACGAAACACGAAUCAUCAUUAACAUCUUUAGAAACAAUUCCAUUAUCUCAACAAAAUUUCACCUACGAACGAUCGUCAUCAUCUGGCUCAUUAUCAAUAAAUUCAACUAAAAGUUCCUUAGAUAAUCCAUUAUUAAUAACAAAAAGUUCGUCUCUAAUUAAAAUUCCAUUAAACUCUUCUACAUCAUUAAGCGAUCCACGCUUAAAAACUGUAAAAAACACUCGGAACAUUUUUUAUCUUGAAUUACAAGCUGUGAAACAUGCUUUACAACAACAAAAACGUCUUAAUACUUACUAUGAUUCUAAAACGGAUUUAACAUCUAAAACAAAUUAUACAGUUAUACCAUAUCUUACACGUCAAGUAUCAAACGAUGAAUAUGUACGUUUAUUAAAUGAUGAUAGUAAUACACAUAAAUUUCAUAGACAUUCAAAUGGAAUCGAUUAUUCAUUGUUGAAUGUAUCGGUUAUUGAUUGUUUAAAUUUUGGUUUAGUAACAUCAACAAUAAAUAAUCAUAUAUGUAUAGAUUUGGAUAAAAUAGAGAACAAAUUAGCGUCGGAACAAAUUGAGAUGUCAAAUGACUUAAUACAACGUGAAAAACAAAUAAAUUCUCAAUAUAUACGUUUACGUUUACGUGAAAAACGACAAAGAAAAAUACAGCAACAAAUUAAUGAGAGGAAAAAUCAAGAUAAAGCAUCCAGAACGAGCCCACUACCAUUACCAAAUUCAAAAUUAUAUUUAACUACUGGUAGACAACUAUUAAAGGAACAUAAACCAACAACUAAAUCAGCAAAUACACAUGUACCAUCUGAUUUAAUAGAUUUUUUCUCUCGAGAAUAUAAGAAUGAAACUCGACCUCAUGUUAAACAUAUUCUUGCUGAAAUCGUUGGAAUUUUUAUUGAAAAGUAUCAUAAUGAACUUAAUCAAAAAGAACAAACAAAGGAGCAAAAUGAAGAGAAAAAUCAUAUCGCAACUAACGGUAGGUUUACUAGCUUUUAG